UCCGAUAUUCACCACGGCGGAACUUCGCGUCAACGGAACCGUUUCUUUUAUUGUGUUCGUUGCAAUUGACCUCCAUUCUCUUUACACAAUUCAACAAAAUUUCGCGCAAUUCACGUUUUGCUCUCAGAUUGAUCAAUGGCACUGUUCCCGAUACUCGGUCGGAGGAGUUAUGAGGUAGUCGUCGCCGCCACCAAAACCAUGGGUAUCGGAAAAGAUGGAAAACUGCCAUGGCGAUUACCUUCCGACCUCAAAUUCUUCAAGAAUCUCACCAUGACUACAGCAGAUCCAGCCAAAAAGAAUGCCGUGAUAAUGGGGAGAAAAACAUGGGAGAGCAUACCUGUACAGCAUAGACCCCUUCCUGGUCGACUCAAUGUUAUCCUCACUCGUUCUGAAAGCUUUCACAUUGGAAGUAUGGAAAAAAACGUCUUAAUAUCUGGAAGCAUGAUCUCUGCAUUGAAGCUAUUAGCUUCAUCUCGUUAUCGUCUUUCUAUAGAGAAUGUGUUCGUUAUAGGCGGUGGACAGAUCUUAAGGGAAUCCCUGAAUGCUCGUGAAUGUGAUGCUAUCCAUUUAACUGAAAUUGAGACAGAUAUUGAUUGUGAUACAUUCAUCCCUGCUAUUGAUGUUACACAAUUCCAGCCAUGGUGUUCAUCUCUUCCUAUAGUGGAAAAUGGAAUCCGUUACUGUUUCACCACCUAUGUUCGUGUGAGGGAUUCUACAUCCAUCAGCAAAGGCUAAUGGCUCAGAUGUAAAUACGUUUUCUAUCCUGUCCAGAAGUAUUUGGAUUGAGGAGUAUGUUUAUUUGAGAUUAGUUGGUACAUGUGGAAUUUUGGUUAAUUUUAAUAUUUUUAAAACGUAAAAUUGUUUUUUAUAAUUUUGAUAAAUUUCAUCAUGUGGGUAAUAAUGACAGAUCGUGUUCUUGGUGAUUUUAUUUUCUAUUUUUCUGG